ACGCAAAAGGACACUACUAAUUAUUCUCCCCGUGUUCCAAUAUGGCGGCGCCCAUGUCAAACAAAUUAGUUGUCAAUAUAAUUUUGUAAAAUAUAAGCAAUAAUGGCCAACAUUAUGAAAAGUCGACAUGUUGGGGCUAGCUUGGCAGUAUGUGCCGGUACAAUGGCAGCACUGGCAUCUGUGUCGGCAAAACUUGCCAUGACAGAAGAGACUGUCCAUCACAUCUGUCAGGAAGUCCUGUCUUCAUUUAGCCAGUCUGCAGUUUGUGACACUUUGUCUUACCUAUUGAGAGUUUCGUGUUUUGCUGGAAUCUUCCUGUUUAACUCGCUGAUGUGGACAUUUUACACAAAGUCUCUGCAGUAUUGCUCUUCAACUAUAGAAGCCACAAUCACAAACACAGGAGCUAACUUUCUGGUAACAGCUUUCCUAGGGUUAACACUUUUUGGAGAACAGUUGUCAUAUUUCUGGUGGUUGGGAUCAUGUCUGAUACUGGCUGGUUUGAUACUGAUACAUAAGGGCAAUUCUGAGUCUGAGGCUACCAACUUGAAGACCGAUUGAGGUCAAAGAACAGUACAACUAAGACAAGAUAAGCAUCAUCUGAUGAGGCAGAAGUAAUGUUGGUGAACAGAUGAAAAGAAGUCUCGACCUGUGAUUUUUCUGCCAGCUCUAUUUUAUAGCGGUACCGGGGGCACGUAUUACUCAAGAGUGCAGAUAGUGUAACCCUUUAUUGAUGAAUCAAACGGUAAAAGACUGAAAAUAUACAAACAGACAUUGUUCAAGAAAAUGUCACAUAAAAGUCAAGCGUGACUGAGAUGACGUAACAUAUAGAGAAUGACAGAAAUGACACACAUAUUCAAUGAAUUACAUAUACAAACAUGUUUACAACAAUGCCUAAAGCUUUUAGAUUAAGAAAUUGACAAUGAUAUUUGAA